GCUGGUGCCCAGCUAGCAGUUGAGUACGUCGUCAGCCGGGCGAGCCAUGGAGAAGAAGACGGUGGUGCUGUAUCCGGGCGUCGGCGUCGGCCACCUCGCGCCGAUGCUCGAGCUGGCCAAGGCGUUCCUCCGCCACGGCGGAGACCAGGUCGACGUCGCCAUCGCGGUCUUCGAGCCGCCCGUCUACGCCAACGGCUUCGCCUCCACGGUCGCGCGCGCCAAGGCCUCCAACGCCUCUGUCGCCUUGCACGUGCUUUCCCCGCCACCGCCGCCGCCGGCGGCCUCCAACGACGCCGAGCCUGAUGUCCCCUUGGCCCGGAUGCUCCGCUUCCUCCGCGCCACGAAUGCGCCGCUCCGCGACUUCCUUCGCGCGCUGUCGUCGUCGUCGUCGUCGUCGCGCUGCGUCCAGGCAAUCGUCCUCGACAUGUUCUGCGCCGACGCGCUCGACGUCGCCGCCGAGCUUGGCCUGCCCGCCUACUUCUUCUUCCCCUCGGGCACCGCCGGCCUCGCCUGCUUCCUCGGCCUCCCCGCCAUGCGCGCCAGAGUGGGCACCAGCUUCGCGGCGCUCGGGAACUCCGCCGUCCUGUCGUUCCCGGGCGCUCCUCCGUUCACGGUUGCGGACCUGGCGCAGGGGCUGGCGGACGACGGCGAGGCGUGCAAGGGCAUCAUCGGCGUGGCUGCCCGGAUGCCGGAAGCCCGCGGCAUCCUCAUCAACUCCUUCGAGUCGCUGGAGCCGCGUGCGAUGUGGGCGCUCAGGGACGGGCUGUGCGUGCCGGACCGCCCCACGCCGCCGGUCUACUGCGUCGGGCCAAGAAUGGGACAAGAAGUCCGCCGUGCUCCUCUUGAGAUCAAAGUCUGCCCCGUCACCUACCACCGCCACCACCAGAGCCGAGGAACCGACAUCGACAUCCAUUGCGGCCGAGAGGCUCCGCCUGGCGCCCGGGUCCCCCCCGCAUGGCGACCUCACGGGGAGCACCGAUGCCGCCGCCGCGGCACGGGUGGAAAGCGAACGGGCGAGGUAGCCCUCUAGGGACCCCUUGGCGCCGCCGGGGCUCUCAUGCUGCGUCUCGGGUCGCGGCGACUCGUCCUUGCGCGACGAGGGCCUCCGCUUCUUGGCCGGGAAGAACUACGGUGAGCCGGAUCGCGGGGAGAAUUAGCGCUUGAGGCCAGCCCGACGCGGUCCUCCAAAGAGUAGAGAUGUGAUGUAAGGUCGUGAUCAUACUUCUAAUCUAGGCCGUCUAAUCUGUAUGACAUGUGUUGUGAGUCGUUGAUCUUGUUGGUGGGAUUUGUCUGGAGAAGAUUUCAAUUAUAGUAG